CUUAUCGUCAACAGUACCCGAGCUGUAUAUACCGUCUAGAUGUUCACCGUUUCGUUUGCGACUAAGGAGUGCGAUUUGUAUGCAAGUCUAGAUCUAAUGUGAUCAACAAUGUUUCUAAGAUUUCCUGUGAACAUCUAAGAGAAAUAUUUAGGAAAUAAGACCUUAAUAAGAAGCUACUGACUAAAACGGUCUCCCUAUCAUAACUCCAGACUAGAGACCUAUUGUAGCAUCUUGAAUUCACAUGCUGUGUUUACAUGUAGAAAGAGGACAUAAUUAUCAUGGGACUCGUUCACUACGUCGCUGUUCUGGUCGGGUUUUUAUUCAUCUUCGCAGGUCUCCUGAAGCUCACACCGAUCGAGCUUGGCAAUGGAUUUAGCCAGUCAGAGAUGAAAGCGAUGUUCAAACGUUAUCUCUCCGUCCUUCCUGUACACCACAUCUUCGGAGUGACGAUCACGACGACCAUUUACAGGUCGGCUGUCGGAUUUGCCGAGACUGUAUUCGGGAGCAUGCUUGCAUUCGGACGCACGUUUUGGAGGGUGACUGGCGCUUUUUAUCUUCUUAUUAUCAUGAUUGGAGCAUUCCUGACGCAUCAGAAGAUUGGUGAUCCCAUCGCAAUGGCUUCUCCUCCGUUGUUCCUUGGUAUUGUACUCUUGAUUAUUCUGGUAAAUAGACGUGAUCUAAAUACCACCUAUACAAGGACUGUCAAGACGAAAAGUGACUGAGAUCAUAUUUUAAUGUCAACAUCAACGAAGCUGACGACCUAGCUGCCAAAAUAUUACUAGUAUCCGAGAUCCAAAGUUGUAACACCUAUCCUUCGAUCUAUUGUAAUAUUUCAUGUUUUUAUUUUGUAUAUAUAUUUUUCUUAUUGUAGCAAUCCACUGCAGCUUGUGAUUAUUCAUAUUCAGGGGGCGCCUAAGGGAGGGGGGUGGGGGUAAUUGGGGUGCAAUGAGGCGAAAGGUUCCUAUUCUAAAAAAUUAAGUGAAAAAAUAUAUAAAUGAAAAAAAAGACAAAAAUGGGACGAAAAGAGAAGCAAGAAGAGAAGAGCAUCAAUGAGAGCUUUGGGACAUUUACUUUUAUAAUUAUGUGAGAAAAUAUAGUUACCUUUAGGUCUUCAACUUUCUCCCCUCCCCCGGCAGGAAAUAUUGUGGUGCCCCUUGGCAUGUUUACAUAUUUGUACACAUUCGUUGUUAUCUAGUGAUCAAUUAGAAAUCUGAUUAAGUUUUAACUUUAAACAAAUUGUUUGAAUUGUGCGAAACUGAGAUGGUCCGCGGUCCAUGAAAAUGGUUUAUUUAAAUACUGCAAAUUUUUCAAUAAUUCAAUUAUAGUACUCGAACGUAACGUAUAAUACAUUUGUUCCAAAUUAUUCUGUGUGGUCAGUGUGACUUUUUCUCUAUUUUUUCAAAUUUUAUUUUAUUUUCAUUGCUUUCAAAAUAAUAAACAAUAAUAGCCUUUAUGAUCCUUGUUACAAUAAUAUUUUGUUUGAGAUACGGAUUCUCUUCAUGAAUUUAGAAACAAAAAAAGUCCAUAAACACUGUCCCCUUUUCAGGUCAGUUUUUCAAAGUAUAAUAAUUAUGUGCACUCUAUAUAUA